CUCCCCACGCACAAUGGCGGAGUCUCGGGCGGAGUGGUACACGGUGGACAAGAGUCCCUCGGAUGAACUAUCUCUUCGCAACUGUGCAGUGUUGCGGGAUGGCGACCGCUUUGCCAGAGGUGGCCACUCCUAUAUCAAAGUGCAGGGGGCCUACUACCUCACUGUAGCCACACACCCAAAAGUAAGACCCAACUACAUUGGACUGAGCGGAGUACAGAGGGAAUGGUGCAAUGCAAGGUUGGACAAACAAGUACAAGUGGAGCGUCUUGAAAUUGACAGACGGAGUAUGCUCAUUCAAGAGCUGAUCUUGGAGGUUGACUUCUACAACAAGCCCAAGUGA